AUGACCAAAAAGAGCAAGAAACGUGAUUUUAAACGAUACAAGAGAGUUAGUACGACUGUAAAAAUUCUUGACGGAGAGUUCACAGCUGUAUUUUUUUCACCUGAAGCAAUUAAUUUAGAACCAUGGCGAUCAAUGUUCAAUAACAAGGAGUACAGAAAAAGGCUAUGUCUUGUGGCAUUGGAUGAGGUUCAUUGCUUAGCAGAGUGGGGUGAUAGUUUUAGACCAGCAUAUAAGCAAGCAGCCAUUCUGAGAAGCUUGACAACUUGCCCCAUGAUUGUUAUGACAGCAACAAUUACAGAAAAAAUGAAACAAACAAUUUUGUCAGAUUUACUAUUGGUUGAUGUCAAGACUAUUGCUGUAAUCCCAGACAGAACUAGCAAAGUACAAUAG